AUGGGAAAUAUAGAGGCGAGAUUGGUGCGACCUAGUAAUGGGCAAUUAAGGGCGAAUAUUGGGCGGGUAAAUGAGGAAAAUUUGAAUCCAUAUGUUUUGCCUGUGGGAUAUGGUCAGAAUCAGGGGUUAAAUUGGAGGAAUAACAUGAAUUUGAUUAUAACGCAAGAUGAGCCAUCAAAUAGGCUUUCAAGUGGUGGUUUUGAUGAUGUUAUGAGGGAGGAUAAUCCAAUGGUUAAUGGGGAAGGCUUGAAGCUGUCUCGCCUUUAUUUGGAUAAUAGUGAAGGAAAUAAUAAUGGAAAUGGUGAUAAAUACCAAAAUGAAAUAUCGGUAGGCCUCGCUCAUGGGGGGCUCUGCCUGGGAUGGAAAUCGAGUAUUUCUGUUACUUUACGGUCAUUUUUUAAUAGUCAUAUUGAUGUCCUGAUUAAUGAAGAUAUUAAUGAAAAAUGUUGGCGAUACAUUAGUUUCUAUGGAGCGCCGCAAGAAACUCGCAGGGAAGAUUUAUGGCAACUGUUGCGGCAAUUAAAUGAUUGUCCUAUUAUUCCAUGGCUUGUAUUCAGGGAUUUCAAUGAAAUAUUAUUUUCUUUUGAAAAGAAAGAUGGCUUACUUCGUAAUGAUAGACAGAUGCAAGCUUUUAGUGUUACCUUUGAGGAUUGCGAGCUUGAUGAUCUGGGGUAUGAUGGUGUAUGGUACACUUGGGAACAUGGGCGGUUUGCUAGCAAUAACAUCAGGGAAAUGUUGGACAGGGCUGUUGCUAAUGGUGUGUGGAGUACAACUUUUCAGCUUUACAAAGUAUCUCACUUUACACAUUCCUUUUCAGAUCAUAGUCCAAUUGUUGUAGAUAUGGAGGAUGAUGGCCAUAGAAAUUGGUUGUGGCAUUUUAAAUUUGAGGCAGCUUGGCUUCUUGAAAAAACAUACAAAACUGAGAUGGCACGCCUUUGGAAUGAUUCAGACGGUACUAUACCUGAAAGAUUGAGCUAUGUUUGUUGUAGUCUUGAUAAGUGGUUUAAGCGGGUUCGUAGAGAAAAAAGAAUUAACGUGACCUCUUUGCGUUCUCCUAUUGCUCCUUUGGGUUCACUAACCCCGACAGAUGCUAUGUUGGAGGGGAUGCUAAAUGCUAAAUUGCAUAUGAAUAUUGAGGGUGUCAUUGAUGAGGAUGAUAUUCUCUUGGGUGUUGAUAGGUGUAUCACAGACUCGAUGAAUGCUGAUUUAGAUAGACCAUUCACUAAAGAGGAGAUUUUCAGUACUUUGUUGUCAAUGUCGCCUCUAAAAGCUUUAGGUGAUGAUGGUCUAGGAGCGGUUUUCUAUCAGCGUUUUUGGCAUAUCUUGGGAGAUGAAGUGGCUGGUUAUUGCAUUGGUCUUUUAAACGGUGAGUUCCCUAUAAACCUUAUUAAUCAUACCACAUUUGUGUUGGGGCGUCUUAUUUCUGAUAAUAUUGUGGCCGCUUAUGAGAUUCUCUAUUUCAUGAAAAAUAAAAGAUUUGGUAAAGAAGGGUCAUUUGCUCUCAAGUUGGAUAUGAGCAAGGUAGAACGGAUUAUGCGGAUUAUCACGUCAGUCACUUACUCGAUUGUGGUUAAUGGGAAUGUGAGAGAUAAGUUUACGCCAUCUCGAGGUCUUCGGCAGGGAGAUCCUUUGAGUCCAUAUCUGUUCUUAGUUUAUAGUGAGGGUCUUUUGACUUUGCUUAGGUUUGCGAAAAGUAGUGGUGCGAUAAAGGGAGCAAGAGUGGUGAGAGGGGCCCCAAGGGUUACUCAUUUAUUGUUUGCAGACAACAGACUCAUUUUUGGGUAUGCCACGGCAAUGAGAGCAUUGAAUGUCUUGAAGGUGCUUCAAUCAUACACCAAGUGUUCUGGUCAGUUGGUCAAUUUUGAAAAAUCUAGAGUUUUCUUUAGUUCAAAUAUAGACAUGGGGAAUAGGUUAGAUGUGAAGAGAAUUCUGAGGGUUAAUCAUGCUGAUAAUUGA